AUGUUCUACAGCGGGUCAGUGAGCCCACCGCGAUCACCGGCCUUGAAGAAGUUCAAGCCGAACCCCAAGAAGCCAUUGGAGAAGAGGAUGGGGAGCGGCAGCGACAAGGCGGCGCAGGAGGCGGCGAUGGAGCGCGCGAUGAAUGAGGCGGCGGGGAAUCUCACCUGGCCGAUGCUGACCCGCACCAAUUACCAUGAAUGGUCACUGCUUAUGCAGAUGAAUCUGGAGGGUAUGCGGUUGUGGGAUGCGAUCGAGUCAUCUACGGUGGAGAGGCGGCAGGAUCGCCUAGCCCUGGCCGCGGUGAUACGCGGCGUUCCAAAAGAGCUGCACGCUAGGCUCGCGGCGAAGAAGAGUGCGAAGGAGGCCUGGGAGGCGGUGAAGACGAUGCGGCUGGGGGCGGAUCGAGUCAAGGAAGUGAACGCUCAGAAACUCCUGAGGGAGUUUGAGACGAUCGCGUUCCAUGAAGGGGAGACCGUCGAAGAUUUCGCCGUCCGCAUCACCGACAUCGCCACAAAUCUGCAGGCUCUCGGUGAAACCAGCGUUGACGACACCAGGGUCGUGAAGAAGUUCCUUCGUGUCAUCCCGGCACGCUACAACCAGGUGGCGGUCGCGAUCAAAAUGUUUUGCGACAUGAAGACGUUGACGAUCGAAGAACUCGUGGGGCGACUCCGAGCUGCUGAGGAUCGGUUCGAGCCCACGGUGGUUCAGGUAACUGACAAGGCCGGUCGGCUUCUGCUAACCGAGGAAGACUGGGCAGCAAGGAACAAGCAUCGCCUCCAGUCUGAGUCGUCGUCAUCCGGCGGCAAGAGUGGUGCACACUCCGGCGACAAGGGGAAGGCCGCAGCGCGCGGCGACUCCGGCGUCAAACUUACGUCGAUGGGAACACCACGACGCAAGGGGAGGUGCAAGAACUGCGGCAUCUAUGGCCACUGGGCCAAGGAGUGCAAAAAGCCGAAGAAGGAGAAGGAGCGGCAGGAGGCCGCUCAUGUGGCGAAGGCCGACGUCGAGCAGCCGGCACUGCUGCUGACGGAGGUCUGCAGCGUCGUGCACACCUCUCCGACGCAGAGCGUGUUCCUGAAUCAGGAACGCGUGUUCCCGGGGGAGUACGAUGAAGGCGUCUGGAUCCUCAACACGGGCGCAACAAACCAUAUGACGGGGUGCCGUGAGGCGCUGACGUCACUCGACGAGACGGUGCAUGGCGCCGUUCGCUUCGGAGAUGGCUCCAAGGUGGAGAUCCGCGGCCUCGGCGCCGUGAUGGUCUCAGGCAAGAACCAAGAACACAGGGUUCUGACAGAGGUAUAUUACAUUCCAUCGCUGAAAUGCAAUAUCAUUAGUCUUGGACAAUUGGAAGAGGGAGGAUGCAGAAUUGAGAUCGACAAAGGCGUCCUGCAAGUGCUCGAUCAGGAAAGAGCAGUCCUGGUACGGGCGACGCGCGAGAAUAGGCUGUACACCAUGAAGCCUACCCUGUGCGCGCCAGUCUGUCUGCUGUCCAAGAUGGAAGAAGAAGCAUGGCUUUGGCAUGCUCGAUAUGGGCAUCUGAACUUCCGGUCUCUAUGGGACUUGGGAGUGAAGGAGAUGGUUGAAGGCAUACCUCUGAUCCGGCGAGGCGAACAGGUGUGUGAUGGCUGCGCACUUGGGAAGCAGCACCGCACGCCGUUCCCACAGACCUCGGCGUACCGCGCAGAGCGCGGACUGGAGCUAUUCCAUGGCGACCUGUGCGGCCACAUCUCUCCACCGACUCCAGGAGGGAAAUCAUUUUUCCUCCUCAUCGUGGAUGACUACAGCAGGUUCAUGUGGCUCGAGCUGCUGACAACUAAGGACGAGGCGUUUUAG